AUGGCGGCAAAGACAGAACAGCUGUUCCGUGCGACUGUUUCCCAGUGCAUUCUCCAGGGCGAAGACGAUGUCAUCGAAGAGUUCCUGGGCGCCCCCCUGGACGAUUCCGAGGACUUCGAUUCCGACUUUGAGGAUCUGGACGAUCUGAUCGAUGAUGCGGCAGCCGAGGGCCCAGCCGGGGUCAACGAAGCAGAGGUCUCAGCUGAACCGCACAAAAACCCAUGCAUACCCAACGCCGAUACCCAAGAAGCGGCCCAGAGCGAAUCCGACCUCCCAGAGAGUGGCUUUGAAGUCAAGUGCAGCUUCUGUGGAGAUCUAGAUGCUCCCCAAUGUGCCCAAUGCGCAGAAUUCCUGACGUGGCUGCUGUAUCACGCUCCCAGCUCUGAUGCUGAUGGGUUUCUGACCAGCGGCGCCGCUUUGGGCAGUCAAGUGACGCACACCGUUUUGGGCAGUCAAGUGACGCACACCGUUGAACGGGCGGAUCCGGCCCCCGAUGGGUCCAACUGUUGGUUCCGCUACUGA